AUGCGCAACAGCUCCAACGACGCCAAUACGCAUUUCAGCAACCGGCGCCGUGACGAGAUCGGUGUCACGGUCGAGACGGCGCCGGACGAGAGAGACCGGACAUCGCUCCAACAAGAAGCCGCCAAGGCACAACAGCCAAGGCACAACAGCUCCGCCAGCUCGAAAAGCUUACCGCCCAACUCGAUGCGUGGCGAGAAGAAGACGACUGGGUAUCGAUCGAGCCAACUUGCACUGACGUCCUUGCGCACCAAGGUGCGGGACUCGAUGCUGUUUUCGCUGCUGCACAACGACGACACGUUCGCCGGCAUGGCCGAGUGGGACCGCGAUGCGAUCGAAUACGAGAAGAAGAAGCUGGUGCAGCGCCCCGUCAUGCGCCUUCUCGUGCUUCUCAAGUGGCGGGCGUUUGGGCUUCGCAAGUAUACCGAGCAGAUUCUCGUGCACUUGCUUCUCCUCUUGGCGCUCACGGUGUCGCUCACGUGCUCCCUCCUGACCUUCCAGAAGAUCGAAUCCCAAAAGGACGCCGAAGCGGCCUUCAUUCAAGUCGUGUCCUUCUGGCUUGUUGGCAUCACGGUGCUGCCUUUGUCGCUGCUCGUCACGCGCUUCAUGACGUGGCACAACAAAAAGGUGUGCGGCUACGUGAUUCUUGUGCUUGCCUUGUGCGGCGCGUUCUUCAGCCUGGAUGCCGAAAGAGUCGUCCUGAGCUUCAACACCCUCGUCCCAUUGGACACGUUUCUCAUCAAGUCGAGCAACAUCGUCCUCAGUCUCUGCGCCGUCUACUUUUGCAUCUUCGAGCUCCGCGAGCUCGCGGCCGACUGCCCCGUCGGCGACUCGCUCCUGUGCCGGUGCUUUUUCCAUCUCCCGAGCCACGUUGUCACGUCGAUCUUCAAGCUCGUCUUCGCCAAGACGUCGUCGCCGUACCUCGAGUCGUACUGGAACCGCAUCCAGCUGCCGCUCUUCGUGCUCGUCCUCGUCUACGCCGUCUGCGAGCUGACGUCCCCGUUCCCAGAAGACACGCUUGUUUACGCUGGCAUCCCCACGAUCUUUUUGCUCUGCCUCAUGUGCGUCCAGUACCUCGAAGCCUUUCGCGAUGUCGGGUACCUCCUUCCGAUGAUGCGCCGCAUGCUUACCGACGUCUUCCGCUACUUGGCGUUCUAUCUCCCGAUCCAGUGCGGCUACGCUUGCGCGUACUACCUCCUCUUCAAGAGCCAAGGCGAGAACCUCAAGCCGUACAAGGCUCAUUUCUUGUAUACGGGAGGCUUCAUCAGCUCGCUCAGUGUGAUCUUUCCGAGCGCCAAUGUCACGUCCGAGGCUACAUUGGCUCUCCUCGAGGUCCUCAAGACCAAGGACAAGAACGACAUCUUCCAAGGCUACGAAACCGUGCCCAAGAGUUUUGUCACCACGUACCUUGUGACGUUUGCGCAGAUCAACAUGGAGCCGUUCGACCAGCUCGCGUCGCCAGCCGCGUACGUGCUCGGGUACCUUCUCUUGGUCACGCACGCGACGAUCGUGAUUGUGAUGCUCCUCAACGUGCUCAUUGCGAUGAUGGACAAGACGAUGGGUGCGCACAUGGACGAAGCCAAGCUCGAGGCGUGCGUGACCUUUGCCGAGUGCGUUCUGCGUAUGGAGAAGACGACGACGUCGACAUCCGAGGCGUACUGGGGCAGCCUCGACAUGGACAUGGUCGACAUCCUCUACGAAGAGCUCAUGCACGCCGACGACAACGAAAAACGGGAGAGUGGCGCGGUGCUUGACGCGCUCGCGUCACUUGGCACCAACGUCGACGACCUCCAGAAGCGUGUCUAACUGUACCGUCAUAAAAAGCAUGAC